AGAAGAAUCACGAGGAGAGGAUUACUAACGAAGAGAGCCAUUGCGGGUAAAGUAGAAGGUUGAGAAAGCAAGGGUUCAUUGGAAAUUUACAUGGAUAUUCGUAGCCAUGGAAACGAAUCAGAAGAAGGGGCACAAUAGAAAAGCUUUUCAUCUAAAGAAGCAUAGAAAAGCGGAUGAUAGUAGGAGUUUUGAUCCAAGACCAACGAACAGAGAAGAGACUGAUGAGAAGCCGGUUUUAUUCCAAUUGGGGAGCAUUGCUAGUUACGGGGUGGUCAGUGAUGUUCCUCUCAAGGCAGAUCCAGAGAUCACCACCAGCAGAUCUCCAUCUCCUUCCAUGUCUUCAUCAUCUCCAACCUCUUCAGGGAAAAUAGUCGAGGUCAAUGCGAAAGGAAGGAAAUUUAGCUUAUCGUUUGAUAGUAGCGCACAUAAUAAGGAGCUCUUAAGCCUUUCUUUGAAAUUAUGCGAGUUACAAGGCUCAUCAGACACACCAAGGUCACAAGUCUCUGGUGUGACUCAUGCUUCAGUGGAGCCUGCCCUUUUGUCGCCUUCUGUUCAAACGAUGGAUAGAGAAGGAUCUGACGAGUCUCAGACAAACUCGUUACCGACCUUGGAGAAAAACUUGAGCACAGUUUCGAAUGAGUCUCUGUUUAGUCUCAGCAUAGGCGAAAACGCCAUAGCGAGAGAUGAGCUGUUUAGUUACCGUGAUUUCAAGGCUGGAGAAGUUUUGAAAUCAGGUGAGCUGUUAUCAUUCUCCCCUUCUGUUCAUGUUCCGGUGGAUUCUUAUGAUAUGGGAAAGAGCUUCGAUAUGGAGGAAAAAGUGAGUGGCACAUUGCAAACCGACAGUGAGGAUAAGUCAUCAAACUCAAAUGUGUCAUGGAGGAACAUUGGAGAAUGCAAUAACUCGGACGAAGCACCAUCCAGCACGCAGUCAGUUUCAUAUCCAAUAACGAAAAAGAACAAGAAGAAAAAGAAGGCAAAAAAGAAGAAGGCGAUGCAGCAUCAACAACAGCAGAAGCAGAAGAAGAGAUGUUCUUGGUUGUGUUGUAAGAACACUGGAUCAUGUUUCUCGUGCUGCAGAUGGCCAAGUUGUGAUUACGACUUCUCUUGCUGCAAACGUAUAAAGUGUUGCUCGUGCUGCUGCAGAUGGCCCAAAUGCGGCUGCUCUUCUUGUGGUUGGCUCCUCUGCUGCCAUUGGAGCUGUUGGAGCUGCUGUUCCAGUUCUUUGAAGAAAGUAAUAGAUGAUGAGAUGACUAGAGGAAGUGAAGAGCAAAAACUGCAAAAACCCGAGUCCAAAACACCUCAUAAAUGGUUUUGUUGUUUUCCUUCUUGUUCUUCCUUCUGUUCAUAAUCUUUACAUUAGAUUCUUACCAAACUCUGUUUUUUUUUUCUUUAGAUAAAGAGAUAAAAACUAUUAGAUUUUACGAAUGUAAAUGUUUCUUGCUUUUUGGGGACAGUUACCCGAAAAAAAAAA